GACGGGAUUCGGGAAGCUUACUCUUGCAUGCUUAUUGACAAGCGGACUCAAGCGAACGGCAUCUUUCCUAUCUUCGCGGCCCUGCAAGUCCAUGAAUGGUACAAACUUUCAUGGCAUGCUUGGAGAAGAUGCGGCCGUCAUCACCUCCCCAAAUUUUUCGAGGUAGAUCGUUUAUCAUGUUGCAGCUUGCUUCUACAUUGCUAACAUUCAAAACCCUUGUCCUAUUUCAACGAAUUUACAUCACAGGUCCUCCUACUUGCAUAUAAAUUGGCUCAUCUAUAACGACUAUCAUACAUAUGACCAUCGGCAUCCAUCAACAUCCUAGAUAAAAUCAUCCAUGCCCAUGCACCUUCUUCCAUCGUCAUGAACGUUAACGAUAGCCCCCACACGAACAUCGACGUCGCCCUACUUUCAAUGCCAAAAUGCAGGCGGCUUCCCAACGAGAUUAUUUCACCUUUGCAAUAUACAAACGACAUAGUGAAUUUUGAUCACUGGGAUCAUAUGUUUAUAACAAACUGUUGUAGGAGCUUGACGCUUUAUGAUUUUGACGGCCCUCCGUCUACAAUUCUCGAUCUUGGGUGUGGGCGCGGUCUUUGGGCCAUCGAAGCCGCCAGGCAAUGGCAGGGCAGCACAGUUGUUGGGUUCGAUAUCGAGUCCAGGCAACCACGUUUGAAUGUCCUCGAAAAGUCUGUUUCUCGUCGGCUGAGAUGGGUACAAGGCAAUCUGCUAGAACAGCUACCAUUCCUGCCUGGUCAAUUUGACUUCGUGAGGAUGGUCCGAAUGGGCCUACACAUCCCAGAGGAUGAGUGGCCAUCAGUUCUGGCGGAGAUCGCCCGCAUCCUCAAACCUGACGGUGUGUUCGAGGUUAUUGAAGAAGACCUACUAUUUCCAUGCCAAUCUCCACGAUCACAUGAUGUGACCUCCACCAGUGGACAGUCUUCCGGCAGCUCUACCCAGGGCUCAUUGGCAGAUACGGUGGUAACCGCAACUUCUUAUCACAAAUCUGUUUCCUCCCUCAAGGUCAAAAAUAAAAAUACCAGCCUAGAUACAUUUUCUGGACCUUCAUCCACGUCACUAUCUUCGUCAAGCUCACUAUCCUCCGUGCUGGAUGCCCAACUCAGGCAUCCAAAACCCCCAGAUCCGCAAGAUCACUCACGGCUUCAGCGAGCAUGGGAGGAGAUGCUCGACACAUAUUUCUUGUCGCCGCAACCACUCUCCGUCUUGCCACUGUAUCUCUCGCUAUCAUUCUCCAGUAUUCGGUCGCAUCCCCCACUGCAAAUUCCCUUACCACGCAACUCUUCGGAUAGACAACAGCUUACGAGUCAACAUUCGAUCUCGACUGUACAGCUUGAUCCCGCAACUCUUUUUGAGCUUCGAGCCUUAUCGGCCCAACCGGCAGCUGAAGCCGAUUACAGCUCUCGUGCUUCUGUGAUGACGGCAGGGGGUGAGCGGAGCAUGUCGUCAUGGGCAUGCAUGCAUCUCGCUAGGACCGUGCGCACAAUCGUGGGUUGUAAAGAGUCCAUCUGGAGUGCUUACGAACGAUUGUACGGCGAGGACCCCACGCCUCCAGUCGUCCGAACAACACAACAACAGAAGUCCAGCUGGUGCGACCGAACAUCUCCCACCAACCCUCUUCGCGAUUACUUUGAACGCGACUGGAUCAAUUGGGAAAACGACAUGGCAGAUCGCACCAGCAUACGGGGACGCAUGCGAGCGGAAUUAACGUGGUGCGAGCCGGUCGGUAAACCUCCAGAUUGGCGCCUGUGGCGUAAUUCUUUGCCCCAGGAAGAUGCGUGCUCUUAUCGAGAGGAAUCGGCUGAAUAUUGCCGGUGCCUUCGUGGCUUUGUAUGUUUUAAAUCUUAGGAUCAAUAUGUUAUGACCCGACGACGUUAUAUACCCCUUUAUUGCACACAAAUUUGCAUGUCUCAAUGCAUCAGUUGACAAAAU